AUGGUUCCUCUGAAAAUCAUAGUCACGGGUAAAUCAUCCAUCGCCCACCCCCCAGAACGUGGCACCGUCAGGUUCUCAGUAAAGGGAAAUGGCCCCGAACAAGAAAAUGUCGCCAAAGAAGUGGCAAGAUCAUCGACCAACCUACAAAACUGGAUCAAAUCAACAUUUUACUCUGCCACCGGUGAUCUCGACCCGAUAACGAAAUUUUCAUCCACAAGUAUCAGAACCUGGACAAAAUCAACAGAUAGACAUGAUCAGCCUGUGCCAAACCCAUACCAUGCCAGUAUAUCCUUCAAAGUCGAGUUCCGCGAUUUCGCCAAGCUGAACUACGCGAUCGAGGAAUUGCUGGUCUAUCCUAAGGUGGAAAUCGACGGUCUGGAUUGGACUCUCACUGACGAAACCGGGAGACGUUUGGCUUCGGAUGCGCGCAAAUUGGCUCUGCGCGAUGCUAUCCAACAAGCUGAUGAUUAUUCGGAAGUGAUUGGACGCGCUGUUGACGUGGCGGAAAUCGCCGACCAAGGAAUGAGUCCUUACAGAGUUCAGAGACACAUGGUCGCUGCCAGUUAUGGUAAUCAUACUGAGGACCCUGUGCCGCUGGAUCUCACGCCUCAGGAUAUUGACGUCGAAAGUAAUGUCAAUGUUACUUUUCAAGCUGAGUGA